GUUAAAGUCGUGAAUCGUAUGAAAAAUUACUUCAUUUCUAAUCAAGGACACGGUCUGGAACAUCAAACUGUGCGAAAAAGAUGACCAUGAAGGUGCUCAUUAUUCUAAUCGUUGUCAUGACAACGGCCCUUGCACAGAGAAAAACCGGGUUUCGCUUUCUCCAGCAGAUUAAUUCAAAUCCAAACCAUCAAAGACUUAGGGGGAUGAGAUCUUCGACGUUUUCUAUUUGCCAGGGUUUCCACAGGAAAGUGUGCGUGCUCCAAGCGACCGGCCGUCCAUCAGAUUUCUCAAGCGUGUGUACUCCAGGAGAGGAAAUUUGGAAAGGAUUACUCUUUUUCCUGUCAAUGGGCAAAAAUCGGAGCGAACAUCCCAUUCCCUGGAGACUGUACCAAGUUUGUAGCCUGCAUUCAUGGCGGUGUGGUUUUCAAUUGUCCAGAACCUUUACACUUCAGUCCUACCCUGCAAGUUUGCAAUUGGCCCGACAAAGCUGGCUGCCUCAUUUCAAAUAUUGUUGUCCCCCCUAAUUAACGAAAUAUUACGCAAAUAUCUAUUUGAAACAAUUCUAUCUUUGCAGAGUAAAAAUUUGAUAAAACGAUAUCUGACAAAUUUCUAAAAUAAAAUUCGAUUUUUAUCAACACUAA